GACUCCACCUUCCAGUAACAAGAGAUGAUGUAUCACGAGCACACCGGCGACAGAGGCACAGAAAUCAGCCGAUGCUUUCACAAAGCCAUUGCAUCUGAUGUGAAAGUUUAUUAUACUGCGCAAAGCUAUUAGAAUACAGGUCCACGCGUGGGAGAACACGAGAGAGAAGACUGCGCUCAGUUUGCUGGUGGGAAGCAGCACAAAUGAAGCGAUGGAGACGGAUGAACUGGUGCAUGUCAUAAAUGCGUGAUUGCAUGGACGCUUUUCCGUCGAAUUCAAACGGGUUUUUGCGACGAAUCUAUGCACUGUGAUAAUUGUUCCUGAUAAGGUCCAAGCGACUAGUCCAGAGUGCCAAAUGGCAGCCUCAUAGAGGGCAAACUGGAAUUGGAGAUGGAAGAAACGCAUUUCACAGCCCUCUUUUGGAGGCCUCGAUCACACUAACUUCUGUCUGAACUGCCGUUUUCAGCACCACGGACAGCGACCAUGAACAGGUUACGCCGGAAAGCAUGUGUGGCUCUUCUGUUGUUCACUUUGUUCAUUUUUGGUACUAUGAUGGGCCUACGAACCCUCAAACCCACUGAUGGCUUCUCGGAUCUUGCUCCAGGAAUGGAGUUGAUGCCUUUGAUUGGAGAGCGAAUGGACCAGGGACCCAAUCAAGUAGUUGAAUCAGCAGGUCACAAAGGUGCUGGGGGCAGUGACACCAAGAUAGUGUUUUCCAACUCUGGUCCUGACCACAGCAUAUUCUAUGACAUUCACAUCUUCUAUUAUUUAUGGUAUGGCUCGCCACAGAUGGACGGUAGUUAUAUACACUGGGACCAUGUACUGGUACCACACUGGGAUCCCAAAAUAGCUGCCAGUCACCCAAAUGGACGACACAAUCCUCCAGAUGACAUUGCGUCCAGUUAUUACCCUGAACUGGGACCCUACAGCUCCAGAGAUCCAGAUGUUAUUGAAUCCCAUAUGGCACAAAUCGAAGCGGCAGCUGCAGGUGUGGUGGUCCUGUCCUGGUACCCUCCUGGUGUGGCAGAUGAACAUGGCAAACCCACUGAGGAUGUAGUGCCAGCUGUAAUGGAUGCUGCCCAUAGACACAGUAUCAAGGUAGCGUUUCACCUGCAGCCCUACAAAGGCCGGACAGAGCUCAGUGUGCACGACAACAUCAAAUACAUCAUUGACAAAUACGGGACACACAGAGCUUUCUACAGGUUCAGGUCCAGCGCUGGGAGGAUCCUUCCGCUCUUUUAUGUGUACGACUCGUAUCUUACCCCGCCGGAGGCCUGGGCUGAGCUGCUGACCGUCAGGGGCUCUCACAGUCUCCGAGGAACGCCUUACGAUGGCAUCUUCAUCGCCUUAAUCGUGGAGGAGCGUCACAAGCAGGACAUCCUGGCUGGAGGCUUCGACGGCAUGUACACCUACUUUGCUUCUAACGGCUUCUCCUUUGGAUCUUCUCACCAGAACUGGAAAGCGAUCAAAGCAUUUUGCGACAAGAACAACUUGCUGUUUGUGCCCAGUGCUGGACCUGGUUAUGUGGACACCGCCGUCCGGCCGUGGAACAACCACAACACACGCAACCGGGUGAAUGGACGAUAUUACGAGACCUCUUUGCAGGCAGUGAUGUCCGUGAGGCCUGAUAUCAUCACAGUGACUUCAUUUAAUGAGUGGCAUGAAGGAACUCAGAUUGAGAGGGCCGUGCCUAAGAAGACUGUGGCCCGUCUGUAUUUGGACUACAAGCCCCAUCAGCCAGACCACUAUCUGGAGCUCACCAGGAAGUGGGCAGAACAUUUCAGUAAGGAGAAAGAGCAGUGGCUUAUGUGACCGGACCUCGUAACGUCUUACCAUUGUUUGGUUUUUAUGUUAUUGUUGUUAUCAGUGUUACCGAUUACUGUCUUUCAAUUUAUGCAUACAUUUUAAGGGCAACGGAUUAGCAAGGACGAGACACCUUCUUGCUCUUUCACUCGGUCUAUUUAUAAACAAUUGAUUUACUGUCUUGCAGACGGAUUUCUUUCAAGAAUCUUCAUAAUGUAAAAAACAAAAAAGAAAGAAAAAAAAACAAUGAUUGAGAUCUGUCUAAAAAUGA